AUGUGUUGUCGUUGCAGCAACAACCCCACCAUUGUGAAUAACGGGAAUAACAACUCUUCUUCUGGAUGGGAUUGGAAUCAAUGGAGUCGACAUUUCUCUGAAAUUGAGCAGGUUGAGAGCUUCGCUUCUGUUCUCAAGUUUCAACUAGAGGGUGCAAUUGAAAGGGAAGACUUUGAAGAUGCUGCCAAGUUGAAAAUGGUUAUUGCAGAGGCUAUUGAUUACUACUCAAAAACUAUGUCAAUGGAUAACAUUGCUGAAAUCAUGUCUCGGUUGAAGAAUGCAAUAAAUGAAGAGCACUACCAUGAUACUUCAAGACAUACAAGAAGUGGACUGGCUGGGUGGUGGGUAGGCUGCUCUGCUGAUGCCGAUGACCCCUUUGACAAAUUAGUUCAUAUAACACCAUGUAUGGGAAGAUUUUUUGGCAGGAGUUACAGUCCUAGACAGCUGGUUACUGCACCUGUAGGAACUCCACUGUUUGAAAUUUUUGUGGUCAAAGAUUCCGAUGAGAAAUACAUCAUGCAGGCGGGGAAUGGAGGUAAGAUAGAGAGAAGCGAGAAGAAGGGCAUAAGUAUUGAGGGAGCAACUGAGGAAGGGAUAAAAAGUGUGAUAAAUUUUCUCAAAGAUAAAAUUCCAGAACUGAAAGUUAAAGUCAUAAAAAUUAAUGUUCCUGAUGAAGUGAUAGAGGAUGGUGAUUCUAUGAAGCAGUUCAUGCAAGAAGAUGAUGACAAGACACAAUUUAGAUGA